UUUGACUUUCAACAUAUAGCACUUGCAGUUAAUUUUUGUGGCCCAUAUUCAAGAAACAUUCCUAUCCACAAAAUCACUUAAGCACCUGUUUCAUUUGAACUCAAUAGAGCUCGGACACAAGUGCUUUCAUGAACUGGGUCCUAUAAUUGGAUAUGUACCUUAUAUUGGAACAGAAAUAUCAUGGAAGCUAGUUAAGUGACAUGGCAUUUUAAUGCACUAGCCUUUAAUUUUUUUUUAGACAUUAGUUUGAUCACCAGGAAAACCAAUUCUUCAGGGACAGUUUUCCACAUCACUAAACAUAACUUGAAGUCUUCUCAAAACAGAUGAAUACUGGAAUAGCUUGGAUGCACUGUGGUGCUGUCGAAACAACAUGGCCCAGAUCCUCAAAGUAUCUUGGCCCAUGUAAAAUUUUGUCCAGGAACUGCAUGUGCUUUGUUUGGUUCUAGCCAACGCUGUCAGUAUCUCUUUCAGUAACACUAAAAUGCACUAAACUAAACAAUCUUAUGCAAUGUCUGGUUAUUACUAUGCCGUCAUUGUUUGAAUGACUGUAGUCAUAGUUUAGAGUUUGGGGUUCAGUUACUACUUGGAAUAAACUCUUAUUUGUAAAUGUUUGGGGGAGAUCUAUAUAUUUUUUUGUUUUACUUAGAUUGUAUUUUACUGUAAUCUGCUGUUGCUUCUGCUUGGUUCUGUAGUGAAGUACUAUAGGAUCUCAGCUACCCGAACACUAGAAUUAUUCAUAUAAUUGGGAGUCAAUUUAAAGAAAAAUACUGUAACAAAAUGUUCAAUAAAGGCUCCUCUUCUCCAUCAUUUGCUGAAAUCAUUCAUGGUUUAUUUUUUAUUUGGCCUCAGCAGCACUUUGCAUUAAUAUGCAAAGUCUUAAAGUUUUCUUUUAUACUUCUGUAGUGUCUGUAAUUGUGAACACCCAUCUCCUUCCCUCAUACAGCCAGAGCUAUCACACUCUUCUUGUUUCCAGAUCUGUCCGUUAUUGCCAAAAUCUCCUGCACGGCUUUUCAACAAGAAUUCAUAAAUACAAAGGAAUAAGUGCCUUAUAAUUGACUGGACACAGUUUUACAGCAGUGGUCUCACCAGUGCCAACUACUGAGGAUCCGAAAGGACAAACAGAUGGGUUAUGAAAGCACUAAUACUUGUUCAAUAAACACAAGUCUAUUACUAGCAAACCCGAUAAAAAUUCUGCAAAACUUGUAUUAGUUCCGUGUCUACACACACACUGAUGGAGGUUGGAAGAAUUCUGCUUUUUAGACAUGGUGUUCCGUCCUCUCUGAUUCCUACCAGCUUUGGGUACAGUCUUUCUGACAACUGCUAUGGAGAAGAUUGAAGAACAGUUUGCUAAUCUGCGCAUAGCAAAACGUUGUGCACUAACUGAAGACUCCACUUACUUACUGGAUAUAGAUGUUUCAAAAUCUGUUCAAGCAGAAAGUAACCACUUAGUUGCUGUUUCAUGUUCCAAUAAGUCAAUUAAAGUAUAUAGUAGAGAAACAUUACACUUGCUAAGGGAGUAUAGUGGCCAUCCUGGGUUACUUAAUGGAGUCAGAUUUGCUCAUACCAGUGAGAAUAUGUUGUUUUCAGCAUGCAGUGAUGGCACAAUAAAAUGUUGGGAUACUCGCUUAGCUACUCAGGAAACUAUACAAUUAUUCAGUGGUUAUCCUUCAAAUGUUUUCAUCAGCUUUGAUAUUAAUUGCAGUGAUCUUAUAGUUUGCGCUGGGACAGAAAAAGUUGAAGAGGACACAUUCAUGGUGUUUUGGGAUGCAAGAAGUAAUACAAACUAUGCAUGCGCAGCUAAAGAGCCCUUAGGAACCUAUUCAGAGACUCACAAUGAUGAUAUCACUAAAAUAUGUUUCCAUCCUAUGAAACCCAAUUUGGUAGCGUCUGGAUCAACUGAUGGAUUGGUUAAUGUGUUUGAUAUUAACAAGGAAAAUGAAGAUGAUGCUUUGAUUGCAACUUGUAAUUCAAAUUCAUCAGUAAGUUUUAUUGGUUGGUCUGGGAAAGAUUAUAAACAGGUAUAUUGCAUGACACAUACGGAAGGAUUUUGUUGGUGGGAUCUUACUCAAAUAGAUACUGAGGAACCAAUGGCAUUGUUGCAGAUUCAGGAUGUCAGAGAAGUAGUCUUCAUUGAAAAUAGCAACUUAAACUAUCUGAUAGGUGGCUUGUACCAUGAAAAGGCAGACAAAUUGUUUAUUGUUGGUGGAACAGCUAUGGGAAACAUUCACCUAAUAAACUGUGGCAUUGAUGGACUGAGCCUUGUGGGCACCCUUCAUGGAGGGCAUUCUGCUGCAGUUCGCUCAUUCUACUGGAACAUGACAGAUGAUUCUUUGUUGACUGGUGGAGAGGAUGCACAGCUGUUGCUAUGGAAACCUGGAGCUGUGGAAAGGUCCCUUGUAAAGAAGGCAUCUAUGAAAAUUGCUUCCUCUGUUCAGCAGCGAGUGAGAGUUCACAGCAACUCUCUCAAAAGCAAGAAAAAGUAAAAUUAUGAAAAUGGGACUCUUAAAUUUGUAGAGGUUUUUCACUGUUCUGAGUAAUAUAUUUGGGGUGAUGAUUUGUUUGCACUAUGUGGCAAAUAUAAUUUAGUAUGUAAAUUUUACCUAGAAAUGACCCUCAUUUUAUCAUGUGAAUAACUUUUUUUUUUUU